CACAUGGUCCAUGCAGCUAUCGCGAAAACUCGCGAGUGCGUUGUUUUUUGUUAGUUUAAAACGUUUGUUGUUAAUUAACGUUUGUGAUGUUCUCAAGAUUUGUGCGUUCCUAAUGAUAUAAAAAUAACGUUUCUUCUUUUUUUUGUAUAAAAUUUUCUUAAGAACAAAAAAAAAUAAAAAGUAAGAAGGUAGUUCUAGGACGUAACAUUUCUAGUUCAGAUGCUGUUUUAGCCUGCCGGUAGUCAUAACCAAAUUUAAUAGCAAAGCAGUUUUCCUCGUGCUCAUAUACGUCGGUACUUCGUGGUUAAUGUUAACAAAGAUUCUUUAGUAAUUUUAUAUUUUUUUAUAUUGCACAUAGAUGGAAAUCACAUGUGUAAGGAUGUCAGGAAUAACGCUAUUUCUAGUCAUAAUUGCUGCUUUUAUUGGUCAAAGUGAAGAAAUAGCUGUCAUGAGCAUUGAUAUUGGCAGCGAAUGGAUGAAAGUUGCUAUCGUUUCGCCAGGUGUACCUAUGGAAAUAGCUCUGAAUAAAGAGUCAAAAAGAAAAACACCCGUUACAAUAUCAUUUCGAGAUGGAGAACGGACAUUUGGCGAAGAUGCACAAAUUGUAGGACUUAGAUUUCCACAAAACUCUUUCUCUUAUAUAUUAGAUCUUUUAGGAAAAUCUAUAGAUAAUCCAAUGGUUAAACUCUAUUCCAAGAGAUUUCCUUAUCAUGAUAUUAUAGCUGACGAUGAACGCCAGACAAUAGCAUUCAAACUCUAUGAAAAUAUUACUCAUACGCCAGAGGAAUUACUUGCACAGAUACUUCACAGAGGAAAAGAAUUUGCAGAAAUUUCUGCCGGACAAAAAAUUAAUGAAGCAGUGAUCACCGUACCAGGAUAUUUCAAUCAAGCUGAAAGAAGAGCUUUGUUACAAGCGGCUGAACUUGCAGAAAUCAAAGUAUUACAACUUAUCAAUGACUAUACCGCAGUCGCAUUGAAUUAUGGUAUAUUUCGUAGAAAGGAAAUUAAUGAUUCUGCUCAAUACGUAAUGUUUUAUGAUAUGGGAGCCAGCAGUACAACGGCAACAGUGGUCAGUUAUCAAAAUGUUAAAACAAAGGAAAAAGGAUUUGUUGAAACUAAUCCUCAUGUUAACAUAUUGGGUGUAGGGUAUGAUCGUACCCUUGGAGGAUUAGAAAUGCAGAUCAGAUUGCAAAACUAUUUGGCGAAAGAGUUUGACGCUUUAAAUAAAACUCCAAAUUCAAUAUUCAAUAGUCCAAGAGCAAUGGCAAAACUCUUCAAAGAAGCUGGACGCGUUAAAAAUGUACUUAGUGCCAAUGCCGAUCAUUUUGCACAAAUUGAGGGCUUGAUAGACGAUUAUGAUUUUCGAUUACAAGUCACCAGAGAAACAUUGGAAAAUAUUUGUUCUGAUUUAUUUGAACGUGUGUCAAAUCCUAUAAAAAAUGCCCUAGAAACUUCAGCAUUGACAAUGGAUGUAAUAUCUCAAGUAGUUUUGGUGGGAGCUGGUACACGUAUGCCAAAAAUACAAGAAAAAUUGAUGGACUAUGUAAAAACGGAUUUAUCCAAAAACAUGAAUACCGAUGAAUCCGCUGCAUUAGGAGCCGUUUAUAAGGCGGCAGAUCUCAGUCAAGGUUUUAAAGUGACAAAAUUUAUAACAAAAGAUGCGGUUUUGUUUCCUAUUCAAAUUGUAUUCGAUAGAAAUGCCGAUGGCAGAAUAAAACAGGUUAGAAGAACUCUUUUUAAUAAAAUGAAUGCUUAUCCGCAAAAGAAGAUUAUUACAUUUAACAAACAUACUGAAGAUUUCGAAUUUCAUGUAAACUACGCUGAGUUAGAUUAUUUACCCGUUAACGAAAUGAAUGCCGUCGGAAAUUUGAACUUAUCAACUAUAAAAUUAACAGGUGUGGCUGAAGCUUUAGAAAAGCAUGCUAAAGAAGGAGCUGAAAGUAAAGGAAUAAAAGCUCAUUUCAAUAUGGAUGAAAGUGGUUUACUUAAUUUAGUAAAUGUAGAAUUGGUGUCAGAAAAAACAGGAACCAGUGCUGAAGAAGAAGAGGGUUCUGACAAUAAAGAGAGAAUUGAGAAAAAUGAAGAAUCAACAAAAGAAGAUAUUAAGGGGGGUAUACACGAAGAGCAUGAUUAUCCAGAUGGUCACAAAGAGACAGAAUCUCAGAGUAAAAAUCAGACCAAGUUAAAUGAAGACAAGACAGGGAACAAGACAGAGAAAACUGAGAAGGAAAAGAAGCCUAUUACAGUAACGAUAAAGGAACCUAUUAAAGCAGAAGAGAUCAAAUUAGGUUCAAAGACAUUAGAUGAAAAGAAAUUUUCUAAAUCGGUUGAAAAGAUACAUUACCUCGAUCAACAUGACCGAGAAAAAGCACGACGCGAGACAGCUUUAAAUAAUCUUGAAUCAUUUGUGAUCGACGCACAACAAAAAUUAGAAACGGAGGAUUAUGCUGCAGCAGCAACUUCUGGAGAAGCAGGGAAAAUAUUAAAAGCAUGUACAGAAAUUUCUGAAUGGCUGUAUGAAGAUGGUUUUGAUGCAACUGCAGAAAUAUAUGAAGAAAAGUUAAUGUCAUUACAAAAGUUGACAAAUGAUGUAUAUGAAAGAGUUUAUGAACAUAAAGAACGGCCGGAAGUUCUGAAAGGGGUGGUGUCUAUGUUGAACGGAAGUACAAUAUUUUUGCAGAAUAUGCGUAACUUAAGUCUAACUAAUGACAUUUUUACACAAAUAGAGAUUGAAACAUUGGAAAAAGUGAUCAACGAGACAAAGGAAUAUUAUGAUACAAUUGUAAAGUCAUUUGCCGAAACACCUUUAUACGAGCCGGUGAAAUAUAAAGUUCGCGAUAUUGCAAACAAAAUGGCACUACUCGAUAGAGAAGUUAAAUAUCUUGUAAAUAAGGCAAAAAUCUGGAGACCAAAGCCAGAAACAACGAAUCACACGGAAAAUAAAACUGAUCAAGCAUUAAAUGCAACACAAUUGCCAGACGUGGAAUCAACGGCCGUUCCCGAUGUUGAUAUUCAGUCAGAACAAUCAAAUACAGAAGGGGUAACAGAGGAUACGUUAAUUUUGCCAGAAAAUGAUAAUACAAAAACGAACAAUGAACGAGAUCAAGAGGAAAUACAUCAAGAACUUUAAAAUAUAAUUUAUUUUCAAUGUGUGAACUUUCAUUAAUGAUCGGGUACAUAUCGAUCAACAACAACUUAGGCAAAUCACCACUGUGUAGGACAAUUUUACGAAUGUAUUUAACGAAUCAAAUACGAAUAUCUACUGCGGCGUCUAUAUAAAUUAAUUUAAAAAGAUUUUCGAUUCAAUUAUUUACAUGUUUUUAUAACAAAUUAUAAUUAUCAUAUUACCAUGAAGCGCAAUCAAGUGCAGCAUUGUCAAGCAAGAAAAGACAUUACACUAUUAUUUUAUCAAGUGCCAAGUCUAAGUUGGCUUUAAAGCUAAUAUAUGUUAUCUAUUUUGUUCUGGUUGAUUUAAUAAUAAUAAUAAUAAUAAUAAUAAUAAUAAUAAUAAUAAUAAUAAUAAUAAUAAUAAUAAUAAUUGUUUUACUAAAUAUUUAAAAGAAAUGACAAAUAGCUGCAUGUUCAACAAUUUAUUGCAUUUGUUUUCUAAUUAUAAAGCAAGUAUGAUAAAACGAUUUAUAAAAAAAAUGUUAAAUAAAAUGUUCUAAUGGAGUGUGUGUAUGGGCCGUCGUCUCAUGCAGGUAACUGGUUCUAUCGUAUAUAUACGAAUUAACACACAUAAUAAGUAUUUGUGUGCGUGAGAGAGAGAGAGAGAGAGAGAGAGAGAGAGAGAGAGAGAGAGAAAGAGAGAGGUAAUGCUCCAAGGUAUUAAUUUGUGAUAUGAGAUGACAUGUAUGUGCAUUAUUUAAGAAAUAAUUUUGUACGUAACUUAUCUUCUACAAUACAAUAGACCUACCUUCUACAAUUUCAAUGAAUUAUGGCACAAGAAUGUUUGAACAAAAAAAACAAAAAAAAAAAAAAAAGAAAUGAAUUAAAAAUUUAUUACCGAUCUUAGUAAGUUUUAUAUUGCAUAAUAUUGUACUUUCAAAAAAAUGAAAAUUUGAUUAAUUCCCAAUAUAGUACUCUAGGGUAUAUUACUUGUUAUACUCGUAUAAUAAAUCUCUGCAAUUUUGAAACAACUUUAAAAUAACUUUGCUUAUAAAUAUUUUAACUAUAAAUGAGUACGACGUGUAAGCAGCUUAUUAAAAGUUAUUUAAUAUCUUAUUAUGAAAAA